UGCUCGGCGCUCUCCUCUCCUGCCUGGCCGUUAACUCUGUGUUCGAUUACUCCUGACUGUGUUCCGGUGUGUCGUCGCUGUGUUUAUCUGCUCCGUUACGUUACUGCUACGUUUAGUGACCGGCUAACCGGAAACAACAAACCGACUGCUGGAGAGAUAAACGAGCCCAGCAGGAAGCAUGUCGACCGCGCUGGAGAGCUACAUCAACCGAACUGUGGCCAUCGUGACGUCAGACGGAAGGAUGAUAGUG